ACACCCCUGGCCAGGGGCUGUAGGGUCGCGGGGCCGCGCUCAGCCCCUCGCGAUCCGGGGUCCCGUCUCGUAGCCCUCCCCCCCCGCCGCCGCCCGCUCCCCGCCGGGGCUCCUGGGAGCGCCUCCGCCGCUCCGGGGAGGGGACGUUUCCUAAUCUCAGGCCGGGGUUAAAGUUCUGGUCCUGGUGAGAUGCUGGAAGCUGCGGCCGCAGCCGCAACCCGUCCCGGAGGUGUCCUGUCGCCUGUCUCCGCCGCCACCACCCCUGCUACCGCCACCACUGCCACUGCCACCCUGCUGGGGCCAUGUUCGCGCUGGGCUUGCCCUUCUUGGUGCUCUUGGUGGCCUCGGUCGAGAGCCAUCUGGGGGUUUUGGGGCCCAAGAACGUCUCGCAGAAGGACGCCGAAUUUGAGCACACCUACAUGGAUGAAGUCAACAGCGAGCUGGUCAACAUCUACACCUUCAACCAUACUGUGACUCGCAACCGGACAGAAGGUGUGCGAGUGUCCGUGAACGUCCUGAACAAGCAGAAGGGGGCUCCUUUGCUGUUUGUGGUCCGCCAGAAGGAGGCUGUGGUGUCCUUCCAGGUGCCCCUAAUCCUGCGAGGGCUGUAUCAGCGCAAAUACCUCUAUCAGAAGGUGGAACGGACACUGUGUCAGCCCCCAACGAAGAAUGAGUCCGAGGUCCAGUUCUUCUACGUGGAUGUGUCCACCCUGUCACCAGUCAACACCACGUAUCAGCUCCGAGUCAGCCGAAUGGAUGACUUUGUGCUCAGGACUGGGGAACAGUUUACCUUCAAUACCACUGCAGCCCAACCCCAGUACUUUAAGUAUGAGUUCCCCGAGGGAGUGGACUCUGUGAUUGUCAAGGUGACCUCCAACAAGGCCUUCCCCUGCUCAGUCAUCUCCAUCCAGGAUGUCCUGUGCCCUGUCUAUGACCUGGACAACAACGUCGCCUUCAUUGGCAUGUACCAGACUAUGACCAAAAAGGCAGCCAUCACUGUGCAGCGCAAAGACUUCCCCAGCAACAGCUUUUAUGUGGUAGUAGUGGUGAAGACUGAAGACCAGGCCUGCGGAGGUUCCUUGCCUUUCUACCCCUUUGUAGAAGAUGAACCAGUCGAUCAAGGGCACCGCCAAAAAACCCUGUCAGUGCUGGUAUCUCAAGCAGUCACAUCCGAGGCCUAUGUUGGUGGGAUGCUCUUCUGUCUGGGCAUAUUUCUCUCCUUCUACCUAUUGACCAUCCUCCUGGCCUGUUGGGAGAACUGGAGGCAGAAGAAGAAGACUCUGUUGGUGGCCAUAGAUCGAGUCUGCCCAGAAAGUGCUUCUCUCCUUGGUCACCCUCGGGUCCUGGCUGAUUCCUUUCCUGGCAGCUCCCCUUAUGAGGGUUACAACUAUGGCUCUUUUGAGAAUGGUUCUGGAUCUACCGAUGGUUUGGUUGACAGUACGGGUACUGGGGACCUCUCUUAUGGUUACCAGGGGCACGACCAGUUCAAGCGGCGCCUCCCCUCUGGCCAGAUGCGGCAGCUGUGCAUUGCCAUGGACCGCUCCUUUGAUCCAGUGGGCCCUCGACCCCGACUGGACUCCAUGAGCUCUGUGGAGGAGGAUGACUAUGACACGCUGACCGACAUAGACUCUGACAAGAAUGUCAUUCGCACCAAGCAAUACCUCUAUGUGGCUGACCUGGCUCGGAAGGACAAGCGUGUUCUGCGAAAGAAGUACCAGAUUUACUUCUGGAACAUCGCUACCAUUGCCGUCUUCUAUGCCCUUCCUGUGGUGCAGCUGGUGAUCACCUACCAGACGGUGGUGAAUGUCACAGGGAAUCAGGACAUCUGCUACUACAAUUUCCUGUGUGCCCACCCACUGGGCAACCUCAGCGCCUUCAACAACAUCCUCAGCAACCUGGGGUACAUCCUGCUGGGACUGCUCUUCCUGCUCAUCAUCCUGCAGCGGGAGAUCAACCACAACAGGGCCCUGCUGCGCAAUGACCUCUAUGCCCUGGAAUGUGGGAUCCCCAAACACUUCGGUCUGUUCUACGCCAUGGGCACUGCUCUGAUGAUGGAGGGGCUGCUAAGUGCUUGCUAUCAUGUCUGCCCCAACUACACCAAUUUCCAGUUUGAUACGUCAUUCAUGUACAUGAUUGCUGGGCUCUGCAUGCUGAAGCUCUAUCAGAAGCGGCACCCGGACAUCAACGCCAGUGCCUACAGCGCCUACGCCUGCUUGGCUAUUGUCAUCUUCUUCUCCGUGUUGGGCGUGGUCUUUGGCAAAGGGAACACCGUGUUCUGGAUUGUCUUUUCUGUGAUUCACAUCAUCGCCACCUUGCUCCUCAGCACACAGCUCUAUUACAUGGGCCGCUGGAAGCUGGACUCGGGUAUCUUCCGCCGCAUCCUCCACGUGCUCUACACGGACUGCAUCCGGCAGUGCAGCGGGCCCCUCUAUGUGGACCGCAUGGUGCUGCUGGUCAUGGGCAACAUUAUCAACUGGUCGCUGGCUGCCUAUGGGCUCAUCAUGCGCCCCAAUGAUUUUGCCUCCUAUUUGUUGGCCAUUGGCAUCUGCAACCUGCUGCUUUACUUUGCCUUCUACAUUAUUAUGAAGCUCCGGAGUGGAGAGAGGAUCAAGCUCAUCCCCCUGCUCUGCAUCAUCUGUACCUCUGUGGUCUGGGGCUUUGCACUCUUCUUCUUCUUCCAGGGACUCAGCACCUGGCAGAAAACCCCUGCAGAGUCAAGAGAGCACAACCGAGACUGCAUCCUCCUCGACUUUUUUGAUGAUCAUGACAUCUGGCACUUCUUGUCCUCCAUCGCCAUGUUUGGGUCCUUCCUGGUGUUGCUGACACUGGAUGAUGAUCUGGAUACUGUGCAGCGGGACAAGAUCUAUGUCUUCUAGCAGGAGCCAGGCCCUUCACUUCACCUCAUGGGGCUUUGAGCUCCUCUGUGUCACCUGCCAGGUGCUUCUAUAGCUCUGGAAGUGUGAAUCCCAGGCCUGCUACCCAGCACUGGGUGGCAGCGGGACAGCAAGCUCUAGCCCAGGCCUGACUUGGGACAGUCAGAGGGUGGCAUGGAGCCUUGUAGCUGCCCUCUGCGAGGGAGGAGGCCUGCUCCCUGAUACCCCAGACAUUGGCCAAAUUGCUGCUUUCUUGGUAUUGGGACUUUCCUUGGUCCCUGCCAUUGGCUCUCCGUUUGUCCCUCUGCAGGAAGGAGAGAAGUCGAUGCCCUCCCAUUUCAUGCCUUCCAUUCUGCCCAUCCUUCUCCUCCUUAGCCUGGGAUCCAAAGCCCUUUCUUCCUCCUAUGCUCCUGGACUGGGGCCUGAUUCUCUGUCCUGUCCCAGUUCUCUGGGGCUGUUCCUGGCUGCCAUCCCUGCCCAGGAUAGAUAUGAGUGUGGGAUUGCAGGGGCUGGCUGAUUGGUGCCAGGCUUUUGGUGCUAAGGCCUGCAAGGGGCCCAGGGUAGGACCCUCCUCCCUCGACCUGUGCUCAGGCUGACUCUAGCAAUGAGGAGGAUACAGAGGUUACCUUCUCAUCCCAUGAGUCCUCAGACUGAUGCCAGCACCAGGACUGGAAGGAAUAGCAACUCACCCGUCCAUCCCUUCCUGUAUUUACAUGCCCUCAGUCCUGCCAAGCCCCAGCUGGGGCCUUUCAGUGCCAUUGACACUGCCCAAGAAUGUCCAGAGGCAAUGAAGGAACGGUGCAAAGCCCAGCCUUCUCCAUGGCCACAGGAGUCCCAGUGCCUACUUCAGAAGAAAGGGAUAUGCCAUUACCCUUUAUGUCCCCAGACUCAGCCUCGCUCUAGGACCCAGGGCUGGCUUCCGUCCAGGCUUCAGCCAAGUUCUUUGUUGGUUACACACACACACACACACACACACACAUACACCACACACACACACACACACACACACAUACACCACACACACACACACACGAUAUCUUGGAGUUUACAUGGAGAUGCCCCCAGCUCUGGGCUCACCUUACCUGGUCCAUUCCAGAUGCCAAGGACAGGGGCCAUCAGGUCAGGCCUCUGCCUGGGGGGUGGGAAUUGCAUUAUUCUCCCCAAACUGUUUUAUAGCUCUGCUUGGACUGGGGAGAGGAGGUAGGUCUGGGUCUUUUGUUUCAGAGCUCCGUUUUAUGUCUCUCCAUGCUACGGUUGUGUUUCUGUUUUCUAUGAAUGAGUGCAUUCAAUAAAGAAACAACCAGAUGCAGUU